CACAGUUUUUAAAUAGAAUGUGAUUCGAGUGUGAAUGCGUCAUUGAUGAUACCAUAAAUGCACGCGUGUAAGAGCACGAGUGAUCAGCUGUCGUUCGUAGCUACAUACUUUGUACAAUAAUCUCUUGUGCAAUCACAUUAAAAUAAAAUAAAUCAGUGUUUUACGUUGUAUAACAUUAACAAUUGUUUUACUUCGCCAUGCAAGAUCCAAAUGAGGACACGCAAUGGAAUGACAUUCUUAGGAGUAAAGGAAUUAUUCCUGAGAAAGAGAAAGAAGUAACGGAGGAUCAAAUAUUGGAUAUAGUGGAGAACACUAUAAAUGAAAAAACUGGACGAACAACUGAUGAUUUAGAAAAUAAGACAUUAGAUGAGCUAGAUGAGCUGGAAGAUGAAGAAGAUGAGAAAGUUCUAUUGGAGUAUCGACGUAAAAGAAUAGCCGAAAUGAAACAGUUGGCAAAUAAAGCUAAGUACGGUGAAGUCAAAGAGAUAUCAGGGCAAGAUUACGUUCAAGAAGUGAAUAACGCUGGAGAAGAUAUUUGGGUAGUUCUUCAUUUGUACAAGAAUGGAAUCCCGCUUUGUACGCUAAUAAAUCAGUACUUAACUAGUCUAGCAAGGAAAUUUCCGGCAACGAAGUUUUUAAACAGUAUUUCGACUACUUGCAUUCCUAACUGGCCUGAUAGUAACCUUCCAACAAUUUUUAUAUACCAUGGCGGAAAUAUGAAGAAACAGAUCAUUGGACCAAUAGAAUUUAGGGGCAUGAAACUCACGGAAGAAGAGCUGGAAUGGAUGUUGGGUGAAGCAGGUGCUAUAACAACAAAGAUUACCGAAGAUCCAAAGCCAAAAGUUAGAGAUGUGUUGUUUUCUACGCUAAGGCUUCAAAAUAAUGACGUUUCUGACAAUAAUGAUUGGUAACUGUAGUUACGUUAUCUAAUUACACAAGCCAAAUCAACGUAUAGAUAUUAUAAGGCACAAAGCGCUUAAUUUAUUUUAUCACUGUUGUCACACACAUACAUCAUCUUUUGUUACUACAGAAAUUUUAUUACACGCAAUUUUAUCAAAAUAAAGUAUUUUAUUAUCAUA